GGGAUCUGCGUGCCUUCAAUUGGUUGAAACACCAGUCCUACAAUCCUACAAUGUGCCCGAUGCAGUAACGUAAGCUCGCUGGCCGACAUGACGCAUUGGACCCUGAUCCUUCGGGCGCAGGGGUCUUUGCACUGUCAAACGACGCCCUUUGGAGUUUUCCCCAAUGAAUAAGGUACAUCUACCAAAUCCUCUUGUCAACUCACAUCUUUGUUUGAUAUUCGUUUACGACACAGAGCUCGAUGGAAAAUAAAUGGAGAAGCGCACACCCUGGCUUCGAGGUUCGAGCUGCGCAAGUCGCGCGCAUCCUGAUCAAAGCAUUUUACUGGCGAGUCAUUUGCAUUUUGCAAGUUUAAAGCACAACUUCACAAGUCACAUCAUAGUACUCCGUCGCCGCAACAACAUCCCAUCGAGUAAUUCACCCUCAGCAUGACAAAGACCAGCCUUUUCGAGGACUAUGUGGUCACCGACAGAGGCGGCGUGAUCGAAAACAGACACGCAGUUCACGCCGCAGUCGUCGACACCAGCGGCAAGAUUCUCUAUGCAGUCGGCAACCCUUCACGAAUGACGCUGGCUCGCUCCGCAUCCAAGCCAGCGCAAGCUCUCGCAGUGCUCGAAACUCCAGGGUUUGACAAGUACGGCUUCAAUAGAGCUGAUAUAGCCUUGAUGUGCGCAUCUCACAACAGCGAAGAGCGGCACGUCUCGAGGGCGAAGUCGAUGUUAUCUAAGGUUGGGGCGCUAGAGACGGACUUGCGGUGCGGCGGUCACCCUUCGAUCUGUCCAGUCGUCGAUAGGUCCUGGAUCAGAUCUGGGUUUUCGCCAACCGAGAUCAACAACAAUUGCUCUGGUAAACAUGCGGGCAUGUUGGGCGGCGCGAAGGCUCUGGGUGCGAGUUUCGAGGGCUAUCACCUCCCAAGCCAUCCGAUCCAGGACAAGGUGAAGCAGGUUGUUGAAGACCUGAGCGGGCUUAGCGGUGACGAGAUUGAGUGGGCAACUGACGGCUGCAAUCUUCCUGCACCUGGGCAACCCCUCUAUUCGAUGGGCCGCAUGUAUGCUGCCUUUGCCGCGGCCGCAGAUGCUAUUGAAGAGGACGGAAGCGCUCAGCCGGUGAGAGUGAAGCAUAUGUCCGAUAUCUACAACGCCAUGGCGACAUACCCCGAUAUGGUCGGCGGAGAGGGGCGUUUCUGCACUGUCCUCAUGGAAGCGUUCGAAGGCGGUCUUAUCGGCAAAGUUGGCGCAGACGGAUGUUACACCAUCGGUAUUCGCGCAUCAGAGUCCACGAAGGAACUUGGUGUGGAAGGAGCCGUUGGCAUUGCGGUUAAAAUCGAAGACGGAAGCCUCGAGAUCCUCUAUGCUGCGGUGCCUGAGAUACUGGAUCAGCUUCAAAUUGGCACCCUGGAAAUGCGGCGAAAAUUGGCGAGCUUCCAUCACUUGAAGCGCACCAACACCAUGGGCGUUGAGACGGGUCAGGUCUCACACGCCUUUAGCGUUCGCCAUGUGGAUUGACUUAUAUUACGGGCCCUUUGCAGUGGAAGUAAACUUCCCAAAAUGGUUUGGAUGGAUUGAGAAGAGUCAUAGAGGGUUGCUUUCUCUCACUGGAUGAUAGAGCAAGAUAGAUGAGUUCAUAUUACCAAGCAAUUGCGGGGUGAUUCACUUUCACCUACCUUAGGAUGAACAUGAAUAUUCAGUGAAGUGAGGUGACCUCCCAAUGUCUUUCAUCCAUUG